UAUGUUUUCAUGGCAAUUCUAGAUGCUGCCAAAAAGCAAGGGAGGAUAGCCUGAGCACCGCACAAUCGUCAUUAACCCCAUCAUCUGCAGCGGCGAACCAACCCACAGUCCACCAGAUACCGUCGACAUCACCUUUCCAUGCUGCGCCGAGCGAUGUUGCUCGAGUGGACCCGUUGACGAGGAUGCUGAGCGAGGCCAUGUCGAAGGCCAGGGUGUCAGAGACAUCAGGGGCGCCAUUAGCCCAUUCGAAUAUUCAGGAUGAUACAUCCUCAACCAGCGAUGCAAUGGCACAUCCGUCUCAAGAUCCACAGCAGUUGGAUCCAGUAGUAUCAGGAAUUAAAGGACAGAACGAGGACUCUGGAUUGAAGAACGAAAUACCCUCAUUCCUUAUGGCCAUCAUCUCGAGGAAGGACAACAAGCCCUUAGGACCUGUGGAAGGAUCGCCUGCGCUGCGGCAGCAGAACCUCAAGGACAUGGGUUCGACGCAAUCGAUGUUACUCAAUUCGCUGACUGGAGCUGGGAAACCGUCUGCUGGUGCUGAACAUCGAGACAGUGUUCGCUCAAAUGGACCCCCCCUCUCGGCUGAACUUCUUCCAGCAUCAGUUAUGCCCAGCGGCCUGUAUUCAAGUAGCUAUCGACCGAAUGGAGCGAAUGCCGCACAAGGACUUCAGCAACCCAACCAUCAUGCUUCGCCAUCCUCGACCAUGGCGGCUGCAACACUCUUGAAUCGACCGAAUGGCGCGCCGAAUCAUGGCUCGCCCAUGCAGGCACCUGCAUUCACCUACUCGCCAGGCAUGAUGCCAUCUCCACUGGUGAUGCCGCCGAUACCAGGAGGGCCAAUGAUGCGGCCGCCAGCCCCGCCACCAAUGCCGUUCCAACAUCAUCCGGGGCUUGCAGGAGGACCUCAUCAUCCCAUGGGCCCGCCGUCGAUGGGUAUGCCGCCGCCACCGCCUCCUCCGUCUGCGAUGGCAGGAUCGAGUUUCCCGGCAGAUGCGAUGCAUGCGGCGAUGGGUGCUGUCGGGUUUAUGCAGCAACAGCAACGAGGAUUCGUCGGGCAUGGAAAUGAUGUGCUGUCGAAGGCAGACUUUUCACAGCAGUUCAUGGGCCUGAUUCAGAAUGAUCCACAGUUUAUGGAUGUGCUAUAUUCCAACUAUACUGCCGUGCUCGCGAGACGGGGGUAAACCUCGGCGCCGCCUUUCUUUAUCUUUAAAACUCGUUCCAUCCUUUGAACGAGCGGCCGACAAUAUUAUGCGUAAUGCUUAUCCUAUGCCAAUGUCGUUGGUUUCGAUAAUAAAUAAUCUACGGCUAAAGAAACCCAUGAUAGGUUAGCCCGUGAUCGAGCCACACACCAACAAGGCCAUGUUCUCUAGCUCUGCCAGUUACUGCUGACUUUUUCAUGUGGCUAAACUAUGUGACCAAAGC